UCACACUUGAAACAGAAGUAUUACAAGAGGAAAGCCCAUUACUUAAAUCCAAAAUCAGAAUGAAAUCUGGUUUAUCAGCUUAACAGCGUUUGUAAUUAUAAUGUGUUGUGUUGUAGGAAGCAGAUAAACAUGAUUAGCAUGUCAGUUCAUUGUCAGAGAGCUGUCAUGAUCCCGCUGCUAGCUCAGUUAGCCUAGCAUGAGACGGAGGGGCGGUGGACGCGUAAAGAUCCAUUGGUCUGCAUUACAAACCCUUUCAGGUGGUCUGAAGUCAGGUUUCUUCCAGGUGCCAUGAUUGUAGGCUAAAUGUGAAGGAACAUUUGCAGCACAAUGUCUGCCCUGCUGAUUGCCAUCUCAGCAUUUCUCAUCUUUGCAGUUGUAUUCAUUUUGCUCUUUAGAUGGUUUGCUUGCAGUUUGGCUGUCCGUUUUUUCCACAAUGUCCUGAAUGCUGAGCUCAGGAUCAGAUCUGUGGGUCUGUUCUCAGUGCGAGGAAUCAGUGUUCAGUUUCAGCCUCAGCACACUCUGGAAAUUGACAGGGUAUGGAUUUCUUGCAAAAUGGUUAACCCGGACCUGCCGAGGUUCUUGGCGUUGUGUGUGGGUGAGGCCCGGGUCCGCUUUGACCUGCAGGAGCCAUUUAAGCCCCGGGCUCCUAAAAGCAAUGAGGAGAAUUCAAAAAGACCUCCUCUCAGUCCCUCUACCUUGCACCUUCUCUCUCAGCUGCUGUCGUUCCACAUUGACUCUAUAAAUGUGAUGGUGUUGAAUCUGGCCCUGCCUGAGUCCCUCUGGCACAUGACGUCCUCUGCCAUCACUUUGCUGCUGGAUCGUCAAAGUAAAAGGUUGGCCUGGGAUUUCUCUGUGGGACAACUUAGCAGUAAAGUUCUGAAGAGCAGCAGACUGCAGGACACAUGUCUGGCUGAGGUAUCGCUGAGUCUGGCCCUAAAUGGUGACGUGAGUCUGCCUGGUCUCAGGCCGGGUCGUCUGGGACUGUGUGUCAGAACUCUGCUGGCUGAGCUUCACGAAGGCCUGUUCCUCAGCCAGUUACCCAAACCUCCAGGAGCUGCUCCCACUGACGGCACCAGUCAUACUGCAGAUGACAAAGAAGACUCUUACAUUCAAACAGAAGCAAUUGAGCGGCUUCACAACCUGGUUCCACAGAAGGUCAAUGUGGAUUUUGAAAACACUAAUAUCACACUUUCCAUGCACAGUCAGAAGAGACAUUUGAACUGGACUUUAAAGUCUCUGAAGGUGGGUUAUGAUCGUGACGAUGAGCAGCUUCCUCUGAAGAGUUUCACCUCUCAACUCAGUUUCCCACAGAGCCGUCUGGAGCUUCUGCUGGAGGAUGGUCUUUUGCUGUCACAAAGCCGACAGAGAAUUAUAUGUCUGAACACUCUCAGAACAAUACUGCAGGUGACAUCUGUUGACAUCUCUAGCACGGUCACCAUCAACACCUGUAUCAUCCACUACCGUCAUCAGGAGUUCUCCCAUUGGCUGGACAUGUUUUCAUGGGACCAGGUCUCGCACAAUGAAACAACUCGUAAAAAAAGGCGUUUCCCUCAGCUGGAUGCUCCCGUGAUGAUAAGCUCCUCCAUGUCUAAUGUCAAUGUGUCAGUGCAGUUGGGAGAUACACCACCCUUUGCCAUGGGCUUCAUCUCAGCCAACAGUGAACUGCAGCACUUGUUAUGCUCAGAAGAGGAUGACAUGAAGAGUCUGGCUGUGACUGAGAAAGCAUCUCUGUCCCUGGAUCAUUUCUGGUGGCGUGUGGGCCAGGGUUCCCAUAUCCAGCAGGCUCCUCACCCACCUGGAAAACAUGUAUGGGGGGAAGCCCUUAUCCUAGACUCCCUCACACUGCAGGGAAGCUAUAGUAAGUUGAGGACAGUGAACUCCAGCCCUUCUGGGAGUGCCUGUAUGGAGUCCAGUCUGAAAGGCCUGCAGCUGGAAGUGUCCGAGACCUGCACUUUGUGUCUGUCACGCCUGUUCUCUGUUCUCAAACUGGACAAAGCAGAGAAUGUCCCCUUACAUUCCCCUCCGGAAAAGCCUCCAUCCUGUCUACCACCUCUCUUUAAGUUUAAACUUAAUCUUGUGGAUGUAAACACAUUCACACUCUCCAAUGUGGCAGGGGCUGUUACAUUGAGGGUGGACACAGUGGUAGCUGAAGGAUCGGGGGAGAACUCGAAUGUUUCUGUCCAGGGUGUUUCCCUUGCUGUGGUGAAGGCCCUCACUGAGAGUAUGGAACCCUGCUGCCCAGCCGCACAAACUCCAAACCCCAUCCUGACCCUAACUGCGUUCACUGUCUCUUACCACAUCAGUGCCCGCAGUCUGGAGGUGCAGAGUGAAAACGCUUUGACAGUGCAGUGGACACCAUCGGAUCACAUGUUUUUGUAUCAGCACGUCACAGAGAGCCAAAGCUAUUGGAAGGCGCUGUCUGAAUCUCUAAGGCUAGGACAGAAGGAUGGAACAGAGUCUGCAGACUCUUCCUCUGGCAUGUUAGUUUGUGUAGAGUUGGCAAGCACACGACUCACUGCCCAUGUGGCCAAGACAAACUUCAUCAUCUUCAGUGCAGAAGCACUGUCGCUCUCCAAACGGCCUGGAGCCGUGCUGAUGAAGACUCCUCAUUUGGUGUUCAGUUUUGAUGGCAAUGACAUCUUCUCCUUUUCUGGGGCAGAGAUGCAGAUGCUGGAUGUAAUGCAACAGCACAGAUCUCAAUUCCCUUUCCUCCAAACAUUUUGUAAUCGCACUUGGCUCUUCACUGCACCCAGCCUUGCCAUUGAGUUCCCUUACCAGUACAACUUCUCUGACACUUUCGACAAGGCCAUCAGUGUGCAGAAGUGGCUGAAGACCCUACACAGCCAUGCCGCCCCAUCGACAGAACCUUGUCGCUUGCCCCCGGACCUCCUGAUCCGCAUCAACCAGUUCUCCUUCGUGUUCCUGGAUGACGUCUUUGAGAUCAAACUACGCGACAAUUACGAGCUAAUGAAGGAUGAAAACAAGGAAAGCGCCAAGCGCCUGCAGCUGCUAGAUAAGAAAGUGGCCGACCUACGCAAGCAGCACGGCGAGCUCCUGCCGGCCCGUAAGAUCGAGGAGCUCUACACCUCCCUUGAGCGCAAGCACAUUGAGAUCUACAUUCAGCGAUCCAAGCGACUGUAUGCCAACACACCCAUGCGCAAGUCGCUGCUCACCUGGACGGUGUCAGAGUUGGAGCUGGUGGCGCUUGCGGAUCAGUCGUUGCACGGGCCUGAGCGGAUCCGAGAGCAGCUGCGGGACAUCGAUGGCAUCAGCCCCUUCCCUAGAGAUGGCCUGCAGCUGGUGAUCCAGUGGUGCCGUGCUUUUAAAUUCAAGCUUAAUUCAUUUCUGGUGCGAAUCCGGGACUAUCCUCGGUACCUGUUUGAGAUCAGAGAGUGGUCGCUGUCGGGACGUCUGAUGGGCACCGAGCAGGACGGGCAGCUGAGAGCAAAGCGCAAACAGGUGGUCCAGCUCGGCCAGCCAUGGGGUGAUGUGAAGGUUUACAGGAAUAUGCCACCACUGAAGUUCUACUACGACGUCCAUUCGAACAUUUCCCUCUACACCAUUGUGUGGGGGCCAUGCUGGGAUCCUGCUUGGACGCUGAUUGGCCAGGCUGUUGAUUUACUGACUAAACCCACAGCUGACCCGUCCCCCCUUCUGGCCUGGUGGGAUAAAAGCAGACUACUUCUGCAUGGCCGCUGGGUAAUGGACAUUGAUCAGGCCAACCUGCAUCAGCUCGCUACUGAGGACCCUUACAACACCACAGAGAACCUUCACUGGGAGUGGAGCAAGCUGAACUUUGACUGGAAUCCUGGGCAGUUUGUCUUCAAGGGUGACCUGGACGUCAACGUUAGAACAGCCUCCAAGUAUGAUGAUAUCUGCUUCCUGCGCCUCCCGAGCCUAUGUAUGACCCUUGACCUCCAAUGGUUAUGCCAUGGUAAUCCACAUGACCACCAUGCCGUAAUGCUCUGUGCUGCAAAGAACGUUGCGGAUGUCACCUCAGGCCAGCCACACGACUCCUAUAGGGCCUUCCGCUCUGAAAACCUCAACCUCUCCAUCACCAUGGACCUCGACCAGCACUGUGGCAAAGAGCCCAGUCAGCCCAAAAUCCUCCUCUACAGCAGCACCCUGCGCUGGAUGCAGAACUUCUGGGCCACCUGGACCAGCGUGUCCCGGCCCAUCUGCAGAGGCAAGCUCUUCCACAGCCUCAGACCCAACCGCAGGAAGCUUGGCCAGCACUACAAACAGAUGUCCUAUACGGCAUCUUUCCCACAGCUACAGGUCCAUUACUGGGCAUCGUUUGCUCAGCAGAGAGGCAUUCAGGUGGAGUGCAGUAAAGGUCAUGUCUUCACCAGAGGAGCACAGAGGCUCAUCCCACAGGCUGGCACUGUGAUGAGACGACUUAUCUCAGAGUGGAACGUUACUCAGAUGGUGAGCGAGCUCUCUCUGGUCACCGUGCACCUCAUGGCCUCCACAUGGGACGAGACUGCCGACCACCAGAUCAAUGCCCAGGUGAAGAAGACCCACCUGCUCAGCCUGUCAUCACUCAGCUACCAGAGACAGAGUAACCGCAUAGAGGAGGCCUUUAUUAAUGACAAACCAACUAUAUCGCUGCUUAAAUUGUCUCAGGAGGUAACCUCAAAAGACGAGAGCAAUGCUUCCUACACACACAAGUUGUGUUUGGUGGACCUGAGGGCCUCUUGGACCACCACCAACCGGAAUAUUGCCUUUGGUUUGUACGACGGCUAUAAAAAAGCAGCUGUGCUGAAGAGAAACCUCUCCACCGAGGCUCUGAAGGGUCUGCGGAUCGACACCCAAUUGCAGAUGAAAAAGCUGAAACGCUCCAUGUCCAGCUACUCCUCAAACACGGCUCCCGCUACACCAGUAAUCACCACAACCGCUCGCCCAGAGAAGAGUCAGAAUGAAGGAACAUCCAUGUUACAGAAGCUUAUUGAGGAGACCGAUAAGUUUGUGGUCUUCUCCGAAGAGGACGCAGGAGUGAGCGACCAGCUCUGUGGAAUUGCCGCGUGCCAGACCGAUGAUGUUUACAACCGCAACUGGUUCAUAGAGCUCGUCAACGGUCAGAUGAUGCUUCGAGGCACUGAGACUGCCGGCUGCGUGCUGGUAUCUGCCGCCAAGGCACAACUACUGCAAUGUGAGCACCAUCCUGCUUGGUACAACGACACACUCAAGCAGAAGACCACUUGGACGUGUCUGCUGGAUGGUAUGCAGUACUUCGCCACCAUGGAGCAAAACCCCUCUGAACAGGAGGACUGGCAGCUGUGGCUGGAGGUCAAGAACAUUGAGGAACACAGGCAGAGGAACUUGGACUCGGUGCAGGAGCUGAUGGAGAGUGGCCAGGCUGUUGGAGGCAUGGUCAGCACCACCACAGAUUGGAACCAGCCGUCCCAAGUGCAGGAGACCCAGCAGGUCCAGCGCAUCAUCUCUCGCUGUAGCUGUCGCAUGUACUACAUCGGGUACAGCCACGACAUUGACCCUGAACUGGCGACCUCCAUCAAACCGCCAGAGAUCAGUGACCGCCAUGAGAAGGAGGACCUUUUAAAGAAACAGGCUGGUGCAGUCGACACCUUCACCCUCAUCCACAAUGACCUGGAGAUUUCCACCAAUCCUGUGCAGUACUCCAUGAUCCUGGACAUAGUCAAUAAUCUGCUGCUCCACGUGGAGCCCCGGCGCAAGGAGCACAGCGAGAGGAAGCUGCGUGUGCGUUUCCAGCUAGAGAUCUCCAGCAACCCUGAGGAGCAGCGUAGCAGUAUCUUGCACCUUCAGGAAGCGGUACGCCAGCAUUUGGCUCAGAUCCGUUGCUUGGAGAAACAGAUCUACUCCAACAUGAGGUCCCAGUCAGAAGAGUUCAGAGGAGACGAGCUGUCCGACAUCAACCUGCGCCUGCAGAAUCAGCUCAACCAAGAGAAGACAGACAUGCAGAUGAAGAGUGAGGAGCUCAAUAUCCUCAUCCGGUGUUUUAAGGACUUCCAGCUGCAAAGGGCAAACAAACUGGAGCUGCGGAAACCCCCAGAAGACGUUAGCGUUGCGCGUCGUACCGAGAUCUACUUCGCUCAGGCCCGCUGGUGUCUCACAGAAGAAGAUGGGCAGCUGGGUAUAGCUGAACUUGAACUGCAGAGGUUCAUGUACAGCAAGUUGAAUAAGUCUGAUGACACAGCAGAGCAUCUCCUGGAAUUGGGCUGGUUCACCAUGAAUAACCUGCUUCCCAAUGCUGUGUACAAGGUGGUUUUGCGCCCUCAGAGCCCCUGCCAAUCAGGACGCCAGCUUGCCCUCCGCAUCUUCAGUAAGGUCCGCCCCCCGGUGGGAGGGAUUUCCGUCAAAGAGCACUUUGAGGUAAAUGUUGUACCACUCACCAUUCAGCUCAUGUACCAGUUCUUCAAGAGGAUGAUGGGAUUUUUCUUCCCCGGACGAAAUGUGGAAGAAGAGGAAGUUGGGGAUGAGGAAGACAAGUUCAGACUGGUUACUACAGGUGUUGUGAAACCCAGGCAGCUAUCUGAAGACUCCAUAGGAGGGCUUGGACCCGGGAAGGGGGUCACGCAAGGGUUAAAUCGAACAGCUGGAGUCAGGAGGUCAUUUCGCAAACCACCUGAGCAUCCCGUUGAUGACAUUGAUAAGAUGAAAGAAAGAGCAGCAAUGAAUAAUUCUUUCAUCUACGUCAAGAUUCCUCAGGUUCCCCUUUGUGUCAGUUACAAGGGGGAGAAGAGCAGUGUAGACUGGAAGGAUCUGAACCUGGUUCUGCCCGGUUUGGAGUAUCAUAACAACACCUGGACCUGGCUGGACUUUGCUAUGGCUGUGAAGAGAGACAGUCGUAAGGCACUGGUCGCACAGAUGAUAAAGGAGAAGCUGCGGUUGAAACCCGCCUCAGGCUCAGAGUCUCGAGGUAAAGUGAUGGAUGGGAAAACAGACAGCAGCCUCCAGCAGCAGGUGGAGGACGAGAAAGCAAGGCUUCUGAUCGGCUUCAGCACCGCCGACAAGAGCUCCAGCAAAAAGAGCAUCUUCAGUCGCCGCAAGUGAAGCUCCUUCACAGAGAUGCUGGUCUUGAAGAAGCGCUGCUGAACCUUACCGAGAUCCAGCCUGCAGGAGAAGGGAUGGACGAUGAUAACUAAACCAAGUCCGAGGUCUCUCUCCUCUUCACCAGUGGUGCCUUUAAAUGUCCGCGCUGGGUGUGGACACGCAAGCCAUGACUGCAGGCGCUGGUCCUGCUAUGGAAGAAGGGAUUGUCAUUCUACUGUCUAAAAUGAGUGCUGUACACCUAACAUAAGUUUUAAUGUGCUUCUUUUGUGCCAUACAUCAUUUCAACAUAUUUCAAUUAACUACAUACAGCAUUAAACCAUCUUUAUCAAGCAAGAUAACAUCCUCACAGCUCAAGACAGUGUCCUACAAUUCAACGGUUCAUGUCUGUUUUGUGUUUGGAGCAUUGUGACGGCUCUCCUGCUGGAUCAGGAGAUUCUUGUAGGCCAGAAUCUUGAAGGAGCCACAUGGAAAAGCAAGAAGAAUCUGAAAUUCACAUAUACUGGAAGCCCAUAUUAUCCCACAAUUAGUGAAAGUCACUGAAAAGAAUCAAGAAUUUGGCCUCAUUUGAGCUCAGUGUUAAAUUGGACAUGAUAUUAGCUAGCUGACCACUGUUUUACUGUACUAACUACUAGGAUCUUCUGCUUGUGGAGCAGUGGGACAUCAUGGGAAGCAUCUUGUUUUAUGCCAUUUUUGCACCCUGUCUGAUUGAUGCUUUGUCAUUUUAACACUAUGGCACUUUUUACACAAAGUAUUUUCUGAUAUUUUUGUAUCUGUGGUUAUCUUCUGUAUCAUUUCAAUAAUGUCUGAGAUGCUGUUGAUUUUAGCUUGUCAGCUUAAAAAAUGAAAGAUUUUAUUUCAGCUUAAAUGUUUAAAAAUGAGCCCCCCACCCACCCCCCACCGUAUCAGGCAAUGGGCCUAGUAUUGUUCUUUGUAUAAAUUAUGGGAGAAAUUAAAUGUCAGCAAGCAUGUAACUUAAAAUGUGUCAAUAAAAUAAAAGCAGCCCCA